UGUCAUUUAGAGUGAGUGGACAUGAUGGGGAAGACAGAGCGAGAGCAGGAAAGCACGAAUUAAACGUUUCAAGAAGUAUCAAAAACAACUUUAAAAGUUACUUGUAUGGUGGUUACAGCUUACGUCGGCAUGUGUUAGUAUCUUACAGAGAAGUAGCAGCUUUGGCAGCACGUCUUUCUUACUGCAACAGGAGUUAACAACCAGUUUCGGAGGAUGGCAGCCCCCGGCAACUCGCUUCAACAGUCGAGGGUGAGACGAAGCAAUGCGGGCUCCCCUGGCUCCUUCAACAACAGCAGCUGCCGUUUGCACCCCAUCCGUGCCACCGUGCCCUACCAGCUCCUGCGUGGGGGUCAGAGCAGCCCGACCCGGGCGCAGACCCUCUAUGGAGGAGCCACGAACAGUCGAGGCUCAAGUCCACCCUCCAGCCCGACACUCAAUUCAGGAAGUGCAAAUUCUAAGCAAAGACUGUCCCCCGAAAAUAAGGAGUCCUCCUGUCCCCCAGACUCUCCAGUUUCCAGAGCAGAAAGGUCCAAGUUACAGGUUCGGAGUUCCAGUGCCAUCCGGCGGACAUCCUCCCUUGAUGCCAUCACGGGGCCAUACCUCACUGGCCAGUGGCCUCGGGACUCACAUGGACCCUACCCUUCCUGCAUGAAAGACAAAGCCACACAGACUCCAGGUCUCUGGAUUGAGGAGGGAGCAGAACAGGGUCCUCACCAGCGGUCAGCCUCCUGGGGCAGCGCAGACCACCUCAAAGAGCAGAUUGCUAAACUGAGACUGCAGCUGCAGCGCAGCAAACAGGUCAGCCGACAGAGCAAAGACAGGGAGCAGUGCUCACUGCAGCUUUCACAACAGCCUCAGCAUGGCAUUGCAUGCCAAUCACAGUACAAGGGAACUUCAUCAGCCUUGUUGGCAAUGCCUGUGCCAAAAUCUUUCAUAUGCAGAGUGCCGAGCAGUGUGGAGGGCAUCAACCACGAGCUAGAAAAUGUGUUUAUCAGAGAAGACUGGCAACAGGGGAUACAGGCCAUGGAUGUGGUAGAUGGCCGCCGCGCCCCUUUCCCUCCACAUCACUACAAUAACAGUGGGGACACACGUGACACAGACACACAGGCCCCUUCAAGCGGUGACUCCAGCCCGUUGCCUCGCCCCUGUAGCUCUGAUCAUCUUCACUCCCCCGACGGAAGCCCCUGUUCUGCAGAGGAAAUCGACAAAGACAGCGUGUGCAAUUCUCCUCUCCCAAAGUUUGCCACUUCUCCCAAACCUAACAACAGCUACAUGUUCAAACGAGAACCUCCAGAGGGGUGUGAGAAGGUCAGAGUGUUCGAGGAGAUGGUGUCGGGCAAAUCAAAAGGCUUCCCUCUCUUUUCGUGCCCUGACAAAAACAAGGUGAACUUCAUUCCCAGGGGCUCUGCCUUCUGCCCUGUCAAACUCCUCUGCUCCUCCCUCUUCUCCCCCGUCUCAUCCUGCUCCUCCACCAACCCUGGUCUCCAUAGCAACGACAGCCCAGGGCCUCAGGUGACCUCGACUCUGCCCACUGCACCACAGGCUACCUUUCUGGCCUCCGCUGACUGGAGCACCCACGCAAGCACAGGCGUAAACACAGAAAACAGCACAGACAGCCAGAGCCCCGACGCAGAUGUUGGAAAGGAUGGCUCAGCACAAGUACUCCUCACCAGCUAGUCCUCAGGUAUUCAUGAAACCACCCACAGCUUAAAAAAAUCAUCUAGUCAAGUGGUAUGGGUUUUAAACAAACAAAAAACACAAAAACUACAAAAAAAAAUCCUUGCACUCCGUUAAUCCUAACGUUAGCCAGCAGGGAGUGCCCAAGGUCUAGAAAUUACAAACAUGUAGGAGGAUGAUAAUAGCAGCAUCCUGCUGCACAAGCAUUUUUGCUCUGUCCCAGUGUUGUUCCCGCUGUUGGUGAACUCUGUUUCAUCAAGAAAACUUUAUGGCUUGAUCAUUAAGAGUGUACUGACCUUGGGCACAGCUUCCCUUCACCCAUCACUAACCUAGCCUUCUCCUCUGUACCGUGAUAACACCCAUAACAAAAUAGCUUUGCUUUCUUUUACAAAAAAUAGAAAUUUCUGCUCAAAUUAUUUUGUUGUGUAGCGCCUGCAGUUUUACAAAGAUUAAAUUAAAAAUGAAAAAUCUUUGACAAAAGACAACUAUGAGGUAUCAGAGAAACACAUUAUACUCAUGUUAUCUAACCAGCUUAUUAGCUGUUCAGUAAGCUAGCACCUAAAGUACAUUUACUUUAGCUUUUUGACAGGAUAGGAAAUGGUUGAUUCAUAUUUAAAAAAUAUCAGGCUGUCUUACAUUCAGAAUACAUUGCCUGACUUUAACCACAAUGUUUGUGCUUGUUAAGACCUGGCUCAGAAUGAUGUAAGCUGUGGCCUAUAAUGUCUGUUUAUUUUUUUUCUAGCACAGUGUCUAUGUAAAACCAACAGCUGCUUCAAUGCAGGAUCCACCCAACAAGCCUACAAGCCAAACCUAGAUAUGCAUUUCUAGUCUGAUCACUAUUAAACACAUGGUUAGCUCAACACAAACUGCAAAUCAGCUUCUUUUUUUCCAGUGACCAAAUAACCAAUGAUAAAGCACACAACAUUCCCAUUCCCUUGUUUUAUUGCCCCACACUACACAGAACAGUAACUCAGGUCAUGUGGAAUGUACUUGCUUGGACUAUGUUGCCUUUCCCCAGUGUUGAUGACUUUCUUUUAUAGAAAGACAUUCCAGUCGUUUGCAUAUAUGUUAUAUUUUCUUCCCUGGAGAGGGAGAUUAUUACGGACUGAAUCAACUGAUUGAUGUCACAGCUUGUGACAGUUAACUUUUGCAUUAACCUGUUCAGGUUAGAAUUUCAGGUGCUAUGACACAUUCCAGAAAUCACGGUUGCAUUGGUCAACCGUGAUUACUCAUGUAAACGCAACUAGCUACAUAAGCUACACCCUCCUGAAUUGAGAAGUUGACAAAUAUGUUGUUUGUUCCACCCCUUUGUUAAAUAUGUACCAAAGCAAAUUUAAAAAACAAUGAAAGGCCUGUCAUGUAUUAGGGACAAAAGAGGCACCGUUUUUGUGCCAGAAGCAGAAUGUUUAUGUGCACUUUGUUUUGUUUAUUAACAAUUCAGCGAAAAAUAAACACUGUUCAGAGUGUUUCAAACACAGUCGAUAAUCGUUAAACCAAGUUUAAGCACUUACUUGGGAGUGAGACUAUAAUCACUAUUUUUAUUUUAGACCAAUUUGUAAGUUAAAACAAUCAGAACUUGAGUUUGCAAUUGAUUUUUGUUUGAAGUAAAGCUACACUAACAGUUUUUGUGUAACACAGUUGGGCUCAAUAUUCAGAACCAACCAGAUGUGCCCUGACAUUAUCUGCACACUGCAAGUUGUCACAAGAACAUACAGAACGAAAAAACCCCACAACUGAUUUAGCAAACUAGGAAAUGUUUCAUUCCAAAAUGUUGGUCUAUCCAGCCACUUGCACACAGAAACACAAAUCUGAACAAUAUGCAACACAUUCCACACAAAUUUAAUUUGAAAUACUCUUUUCUGCUUGUAGCUCCAAGAGUUUCAAUCAUACUAAUUCUGAUUUUAUUCACAAGCUUAUUGUGCAGUGCAGUUACGAAAUGGUUGCCAUGUUUGGCAAUGAUGAAUCAGUUCUCCUGUGUAUUACGCAUUUUUAUGUAGAUCUUGUGUGUUUUUGAAUAAAGAAAACAAAAACUCU